AUGGAGCCACCAAAUGAUCACUACUACCACCACGGCUAUUCUGUGUCUUUCUCCUCCAGUGUACAGUACACCCACAAUCAGCAUGUUUUUACUGGUAUGGAGAAUGGCGAAGACGAGCUGUCGUCGUUCCUCAUGGAAGCCGUCUCCACCCCCACCACCAGCAGCAGCUCAGCUUCCUCUGCAAGUGCCUGGGAGGAGCAGGAGUUCGUCUACGGCAAGCGAGGCGGCAGCGAGAUCACGACGACGCCUGCCGUGUCGUCGUCAUUUCAAGAAAGCCACGGGGGCGGCGCGAGCAGCGCGCGCAUGCCGGACUCGCCGAGCCCGCUGAUCGGGGUGCGGAAGCGGCCGUGGGGAAAGUACGCCGCGGAGAUCCGUGACUCCACACGCAACGGCAAGCGCGUCUGGCUCGGCACCUUCAACUCGCCCGAGGCCGCCGCGCUCGCCUACGAUCAGGCCGCCUUCGCCGUGCGCGGCCCGGCCGCCGUGCUCAACUUCCCCGUCGAGCGCGUGCAGGAGUCGCUCGCCGCGCUGGGCAUUGGCUGCGCCGCCGCCGCCCCGGGGGACUCGCCUGCCCUCGCGCUCAAGCGGAGGCACUGCAUCCGGAAGAGAAACCCCACCAAGAACAAGAGGACGGGCACGGCGGCGACGGCAGCUGCUGCGUCGGCGACGUCCGUGCUGGAGCUGGAGGACCUUGGAGCGGACUACCUCGAGGAGCUGCUCACCUUGUCCGAUCUGAGCACAAGUUCGUCGGCCUCGACUUCGAGUACACCAACCAUCGAGCCGAGGACGAGAAGAAGAUCGCCGUGGUUCAACUCUGCAUGCGUCGACAUGUGCUGGUGUUCCACUACGCAGCGUAAGAACUAA